GGACGCAAGACGUCGGGAACCUCGCGUUCCGAACCCUCUUAGGAACUUCCUCGCCCCUCCUUCACUUAGGGAACCCUGACACCUCCCCCCGCUGCUCUUUUGUGCCUCACGACUCCACCGGGUUUUAAAAAGGACCUGCUUCCCUUGCACCGUCGGAGAACGGUUCGAGAUCGCAAUCGAAGACGUCGACUCCUGUGCUGUCGCCGAUCACUCCGGUUCAGCUGACAGUGGCCGCGUUCCGUCGGAGGGACUUGACGUCUUAGUAGCUUCGUCCCUAUAUAGGGCACGUGGCUGAGCGUUGGAAGCUUGCGAAAGUUGAGGCCCGUUAUGAGGUGUUAGUGCGCCCAUCGGAAGUAGUGCGGUAGAGUGCCAUGAGUACCGUGGAGCUCAAAAUGCAGUCAUCGGCGUUUCUGAGACGGAAGGUAAGCGCAUUAAAUUUCUCCCCCACCUGAAAGAAAUAGAGCGUAUCGAAUUCUGUAUGACAAACGCUGUCUUCAUAUCCGGCAGGUGAUGAAACCUCUGAUGGAAAAACGACGACGAGCUCGUAUCAACCACUGCCUGUCGGAGCUGAAAAGGUUUCUCGUUGCCAACGAUUACUCCUUCUUGGAAAAACACAACAACAAUCGGACGCAAAGAGUCGAAAAGGCGGAUAUCCUGGAGAUGACGGUCAAGUACCUCCGAGACCAUCGCGCCUCUGAAGACACCAAGGAUAAGCAGGAAUGCUCCGAAAGGUUUCAAGAAGGCUACAGGCAGUGCAUGAUUGAAAUAUGCCGAUACACAGCGAAUACGAUGGACCGGACCGUGCGGGAUACUCUCGUAAGCCACCUGAAGAAAUCUCUGUCAUCGUCUCCGGUUCACCAGAGAGAGCUGGAGAGGACGGGAAGUCCGUCGGAGCCAACCGGGAAUAGUGUCUGUGUGCAGCCACGCCUACCCAGUGGAACCUCGUUGGACUUUGGCUACGAAACUGGUUCACCGACAGAUAUCAGCGACGAUUCCUCCUCGGACUGUGGCGAACCCCGAAGUCCCCCUCCGAAUGUGCCUCGGGGCCAUUACAACGUACCAGAGGACUAUAGCCUGCCUAAGAUGCAGCGAGGUGUGCAUGUAUCUACUCCGGAUGGAAUGUGGAGGCCAUGGUAGUUAUAACUGUAUGCUUUCAUCUAUGGCCAGCUUUGAGGACUGUUUACUGUCACGGCAGACGCGUACGUGCAAACUGAAAGAACUAAAAUGUACAGGAUAACUUAAGGUUAUGUUUUCUUGCAGUGGACAAGCAUUGUCAGAGCGCUCUGUAAAUAGUGUACAUUAUGAUAACACGAAUAAACUGUGUUUAAGGAUGCAUUUCAGGACUGGAGUGUUCUUUUGUAUAACUCGUUUUGUCGCACGGCCAUGUUUCGCCUAGUUUUCGCGGGGCUUUGUGAGUUUUCUUAUCUGGUCUGUAAG